GAAGGAAACUGCACAUCAGUGACAGUUUCCCUGUGACAGAGGUGCGCACGCCUCGAUCUGGUAUCUCAGGUUUCAACGACUAAUCCUGUAUCCUGCAGUCGGGUUUUUUCCCCCGGCGCGCUGUCCCAGAGUCGCCGUGGAGGGACACACGACUGCAACCGUGACAUGAGAGAAAGAACAGAGUCGACACAGUCGCACUGCAGCGCCAACGAGAGAAUUGUUCUAUCCGGAGAAUGAACGGCCGCCACCAGCAGGAAGAAGUGUGCAGCCGGGACACCGAGUUCGCCGGUCCUGCCCCGUCCGGGCAGAGGAAGAUCAUCCACUUCGCCAGCGGUGAAACCCUGGAGGAGGAAUCCAGUGGUGAGGAAGGGGAGCCAGCCGCAAACGCACCUCCCUUCGGCGAGCCCGCAGAGAGGACUAGGUUCUCAUUCAAGAACAUGGCCAUUCUAGUUGGGAGGAUUUCACUACUGACUUGUGAUUUCUUCGGAGAGCGACUAGCCGGUGCCCUUGGACUGAAUGCAGCCAAAUACCAGUACGCCAUCGAUCAACAUCGGAGCGGUCGCGAGUUCCCUCGUAGGCGUGGUGAGCGGUUGGUUCCUUCCUCUGUGUUUGAUCAGAAACCAAGCAGCCGAGCCACGGACGAGCUCACGGAGGGACGCGGAGAGGCGGCCCACUUCUCCCGUCGACUGGACGGGAGUCGCUACGGAGCCACGGGGGUCGCCGAUGCCCGGGGGAGCCGUGAUGAGAAAUUUUUGCCGGGACAAGAGGGAUACCACAACAGAAGCUAUCAAGCGGAUGAAGAUUUUUUUUAAAUAAAAAAAAACUAAGAAAAUAA